CGCUCAUCCAUCGGCCGAAGGUUCUUCUUUUCCAUUUUUACCUCCUUGGCCAUGUCUUUCCCUUAAAAGUAUAUUUCUCUCUAUAUAGCAUCGUUCGUCUUUAUCUUAUUUACGUUUCUUUGCCUUAAAAUUCCUUUUCAAUAACUGGAAAGAACAAACUGCACUAUAUUGACAUUACUGCAAACAAACAAAAAAGCUUAAUCUGCUUGUCAUCGAAUCAUCAUUGCACACUCGACGUUGGGAGCAUCAUGACGCCUUCUAAAAUGCUCAACGCUUUAUGCUUAAGGAUAUCCAAACCUUCGAUUCCUUUUUCAAAAAGUCUUAAAAAUAUGAAUGUCUAGCCACAGACUAUCCAAUGUCAGCCUUUAUUUCUACUAGCUCCUCAGAAAUCCAACUUAUGGGGUGUGGAGGGGAUAUUUUUGACCCUUUUUAUAUCUUUUUAUGUGUUCUGACUUGCACUAGGCUUAUACAAAUUACCUUAUUUGCAUUGAAGGUCGAGUGUGUGGUUUGGAGUUAACGGACAACAUAACAGUGAUUUUAAUAAAAACGCAUAAUGACGUUUCACAGCUCUGCGAGAAAUUACCCAUUUGCCCUCUUUGUUCUACUUUUUGAAGGGAGACUUUUUCAAUAUUAUCUCGUCCUUGAUAAAUCUACGGAGUCCUGUGGUUGUGUGUUGCUUACCAUUGUUUGAAAUAAAAAAGUUUGACUUUAUUAGUUGAAUUUUUACACUACUUAAGAUUCUACCUUUUUGUUUCUUUAAAUUACAAGAAUACCGUAUUUUUUUAUGGUAGCUUGUAGCUUCUGUUAGGGAGGCCCCCUAUUAUGGCACCAGUGCGGGGGAUUAGACCUAUUCUCAUGGGUAUUCUUCAGUAGUGGGUUCAAUACGAAGGCCGUAAGCAUGCAUUUUUUUCACUGUAUUCUUUCAUAUUCAAACUAUCGCCGUGUUACUUUAAACGUCUCGGUUAUUGAUAGUGAACGAAAAGUUUCUAUGGAUAGCCCUCAUUUUGACUGCACUUGGCAACGGUUUCAUUGCAACUGAAAAUGUCUUUGCAAUACAUACAAUUGACGAAAAAGGUAUGCCAAAUCCAUAUAGCCUUAUGUCUAUCACAUUUCUCAGGACCUUUAUUUUGGUUAAUCAAAUGCUUUACGGUGGCUGGUACACAAAAGAGGCAGAAUAAUACCAUUUGUUGUGGUUAUCGAUGUAUUGGGGUCCCUUAUCUUGUUAUGAACCUUCUUGUUGGUUCUGACACUGCCUCUAAUUUUAUAUUCACUACCAAUACCUACCAUGUUGCAGUGUGCUUUGGAGGAGCACGAAUGGUAGUAUGCUCCAGUCAUUAAAACCCUCAUUGGCAGUAAUAUUAUCGAAUCUCAGUUCCUCCCGCAGAAUGUCCAACUAUGAUAAAGGAACCGGUUGGCCUAAGAAUUUUUGUUUCUCUUAGUUGCUUCCCUUCUAAUAUACUGGCACUGUAGCGUGCAUAAAGCUCAUUAUCUACACAUCUACAUAGACAAGUGUCUA